UUCAGCCCCCGUCGCCACCUGACGCCUCAGUAGUUCAACAGCAGGUUGCUUCCACAUCCACCCCCGGUACGUCUAGCGGAAGUGGUUCGGACACGUAUGUGGAGAUGGCUUCGCCCAAGCCCCGACGUGCGCGGGGUUACCAACGCGCGCCGAUUCCAUCCAUGGUUCCACCAGAGCGGUCGACCCCUAUCCCUGCUGUGCUGGCAGCCAGGGCUGAAGAAACAACGGUACCGUUUCCGACGUUCGAUACGACUCCUCGCGCUUCGACCUCGAUGUUUGCACCGAAGCCGAGGCCUGGCAUCUCGCCGUUGACCACGCUCAAUCCGAAGGCGGACAUCCUGCCGGCUCGUUCAGUGUCCGUCAACAUUUCGUCAAUGGGACGGAAAAAGUCGGGCGAACCUUUGAAGUCAUCCUUGAAGUCACGCCGUCCGAUCGUGCGUGGCGACCUCAGUGUUGUCACCGGUCCUCUCAGCAGCAAGAGCGAGCCGAGCACGCCGACGCAUAUCAAAAGCGUGCACUUUGACAAACAGCUGGAGCACGUGAAGCUCUUCCUGGCCGAACAGAAGCCUGCAGCUGUCAGCCGCGACGGCAGUCCCACGGACGACACUAGUGGCACGGAAAGCGAUUUCCCCGCGUUCAUCUACGGAGCAGACGAGGAGAAGAAGGGCAAGUUGCAGAUGCAGGUGACUGGGCUGCGCGAGGAGAGUGAGGAAGAGAGGGGGAGGGCGGAUGUGAAGCUGGAGAAGCUGGAACUGGGCGAGGACGGCAUGAGCGCCACCGGCCACAUCCGCGUGCGGAACCUGACAUUCGAGAAGUGGGUCGCGGUACGCUUCACCUUCGACUGGUGGCAAACCACGAGCGAGGUUACAGCGCGAUACGUGGAGAGCCUGCCCGACGGCGCGUGCGAUCGCUUCCAGUUCACGAUCCGACUCAACGACAUGAUGAGCCGGAUAGAUGAAAAAACGAUGCUUCUCGCUGUCAGAUACUCGGCUGCAGGUCGAGAGAUCUGGGACAACAACUGCGGCGAGAACUACAAGGUUACGUUCUCCUACCAGAAGGUUCUACGAGUACAGCGGAAGAACGCCGCCGACGAUGCUGGUAAGGCCGCAGGCAUCGCUGAUCUCAAGAGCAAGCUCGAAAAGGUGGCAUCGGGGGACGAGCCACGCGCUACUGUCGGUGGCUUCUUGGCUUCGCGGACGUCGCGAACGCGCUCGCUGUCGCCGUCCGGCCCGAAAUCCGGUAAAUCCGAGGACGACGACGACGAUGAGAGCUUCACUCUCAAGUCGAACAAGCCGCUUUCGUCUCGCUACGAUUUCUCCGCGUCGCUCAAGAGCCCCUGGCGCCGAUCGCCCUCAAAUGACUCGACGCCCGUUCCCGCAGGCGACCGUUACAGGACGAUCACGUAUCCGACGACUUUUCCUCAGUUCCCUCGGAGCACGAUCUCAGCAGAUAAGCGCACGUUUGUCGCUUUGACGCGCGGCUCCCCUCGUAUUUUUGACGGAGAUGACACUGACGCGCAGUCGAAUGUGCGGUCUUACUACGCUGACUCGGAUCUUGAAGAUACGCCGGUGCCUGCCAUAACCCGGAAGCCCGCGCGCAACCACCAGCGUGGAUAUUUCGACCUGGGUGUCGCACCAUCGGCAAGCGGUGUUCGCAGGACGCCACCCGGUUCGCCCUUUGGCCCACUCGCGGGAUCUCCCUCGGGUAGCGGACGCAACUCGCCCGUUGGGUCCGAGUCCUCCAUUCCAGCGAUUGCAACGGACGCUUUCGAGAUGCCCAAGAUCAUCGGAGCCCAGCGCAUGUGGCGGGUUCCGAGUGGCGGUAGUGAAGACAGUACGCCCUCGAGCAACGACGACAGCUCGCGUAGCUCGAGCCCGGAUGGCAGCCCGUACGAACUUCCGAUUGCUCUCCAGCCGGACAGCUUCGCGCACAGCCCGAGCCCUGGUGACAAGGGCAGCUACGACGCGUUCCUCAAUCGCUUCUGCUUCUACACUGGCUCGGACUCCUUACUCGACGUCCCGUCAGAGCUGCAUCGCUCGCAUUCUGCAUCGAGCGUUGAAGAGUUCUUGUCCACGUCCCCCUACGUCGGUACGGACUACCGCAUGGCUACGCCGACGCGGUCGUCGAGCUUCGACGACGUUGUCACCAUGAGUGGCUCGGUGACGCCCACUGCUCAAAGCGUCGCUGCGGGCAUAAUCGCCUCGUCGCCGCCUCAGCCCAUGGCUGCGUUCGCUCACUGAUUCCGAACUGCGUCUCAUGACCUUGGUUGCCGAAAGAUAGACGACAUUAUCGCAAUGCCCUAGACUGCCUGCAAGCUCAUUCGCGACUUUCAUCUGCAUACCCUCGCAACGCAUCGUCCUCCCGCCCUUGCAUACCACCACAGCGCACGAGUCAUGACCGCGGAGGAAAAGAGAGAACAGCUCCUCUCCCCAUUUUUAUCUUCUAGUGUACAUAUAUUUUUUCUCGUCUUGGAUUCUCUUAUUCUUGAUUUAUUCCAGAUAGGACAUUACUCCCAGGCUCUUCGCCGCGGUCGUCUGCAUCCCCUGUCUCACCAUACACGUAGAUGACAUGCAUCCCAUUCUCCACCACGUACAGUCUCUCAAUCGUGCAGUCUCUUUUCUUUUCCACGAUUUUGCGUCACACACUACCCUUCAUCCCCCACCUUUUCAAUAGUCUCCUGUCUCUUCUCUCUCUUCUCUCUGUCUGUCUGUCUCGAUCUUCACGUGUAUGCCGGCCGCGGCGUAGGUCGUGUGUCCCAUCUCCGGCAUUGUAAAGUACUUAGCUCCCCCUGGUCGACCGGCGCUCAGCAGUGAGUGCGGGUACGAUGCGUAAUGCUCCCUCGUCAUGUCUUUCCCCAUCCUACAUCUAGACGCAAUGAUCAUGACCUUCAUGGAUCUAUUUC